AUGCUACACGUGGCUUUUGUGACCCUAUUGCUGGUGCUUUCUGUUCCAGGCGAUGGUAAGGAGUUAGAGAAGCUGACUGAAAUCUACCCCUCGGAUGGCGAUACGGUGGUCAACCUCACGGUUGGAGCCGCCGAGAUCUCUGUGCCUUUGCACGGUUACGACGAUGAUGUAACCUUCACGUACAGAGGCCGAUUCUUCAAAUACCGGGGUGUGGCUUCGCUGCCUGGCCCUGUUAUACACGUCAAACCCGGUGGACGACUGCUUCUAGAUGUCUUCAACGAUUUGGGCCCAGAAGUGUACACUGAGGGACCAGAGAUGAUGUACAGUUACCAUGGUGUCAACACAACCAAUGUUCAUUUCCACGGCCUCCACAGUGACCCGAAUAUUGACGACGUUUUCAAAACAGCAGCCUCAGGGCAAUCUCUGCUGUACAAUCUGCCGAUACCAAAGGAGCACCUUCCAGGUUUGCAUUGGUAUCACACGCAUGCGCAUGGCUCGUCAUAUCCUCUCCUUAUGGGUGGGCUAUUUGGUCCCUUGGUUGUUGAUGAGGGGGAGAAGCACCCACUCGCAUCACUUCCCUCGCAUAUCAUGAUGAUUCAUGUGUAUCGCUUGGGUAAAUCGACACUAUGUGAUGGAUCAACGAUGAGUGAAGUGGAUUUGACUAUUGGAAACAACAUGUCAUCAAUGCCACGUAUUAGAAAUAAGAGGGGUAAGGAGCUGGAGAUGCCCUCUGAUUUGUUUCUUGUGAAUGGUCAGCAUAAGCCUACAGUCCGGGUUUCUAGAGAGAUGCCAACACUUCUUCGUUUAACGUUUGCAGCUGGCUCUUGUCACUUGAACAUCAGCCUCCCCGAUCAAUGCAGUUUCCAUAUAGCAGCAAUGGAUGGUGUCCCUAUAAAGCGCACGCGCAUGGUUGAAAAGAAUUGGCUGUAUUUUACGACUGCGACCCGGUAUGAUCUGGUAGUGGUUUGUAAAAAGGGUACAUCGAAGGAGUUUCCAGUUCGUUUGAUGGAGACACACGAAGCAUUAUUCUACAUUACAGUCGAUGAAGCACGGAAAAAGUAUCGUCACAAACUCGUCUUUCCCCUUCAAAUUCCACUCCACCAACCUGAGUAUUUGCGUAUGAAUAAUCCAACCAUCAAGCGAGACAUUUCUUUUUCGCAAUUGGAUGUUCCAUUACCGAAACCAUACUAUGUAAUUGGACAAGGUACAGACUGUUCGUCCUUAGUAAAUUCGUCAACGUGCUACUAUGAGCAUUUCAUGGGGCAGAAUGGCGGUAACCGUGAGCGGUAUCAUGGCUUCGCUGUGCCGCUUGGUGGCGUCAUUGAGGGUCGCAUUUUUGGUGAUUCCCAGGAUGUGAAUCCACACCCACUUCACCUGCAUGUCAAUCAUUUUGAGUACGUGGACUUUGUACCCCGUAAGGGUGGACAACACGAAAACACAUCGAUGCUAGACUAUGGAUUGACGCCUGGUGAUAUCCGGGACACUAUCCCCAUCCUCGACGGUGUAACGGUCAUUCGCUGGCGGGCGGCGAGCUACGCUGGCGAGGUGGUGUACCACUGCCACAUGCUGACGCACGAGGACCGGGGCAUGAUGGUCUCUUAUCUCGUGUACGGUGGUGCGGUGGAGGCCGCGACGGAGAAUGCCAUGCACACCAUGCCCUCGGUUAUGAAUGCCGCGACCGGGGAUCGCCACAUUUUUUUGGCGCUCGCCGUCGUCUUCUUUAUCUGUGCAGUGCUCUCUGUCGUGGCCUCGUGGAUGCGAGUGAACCCGACGAAUUUGGGGCAUUUGUCGCGCGGCCGUGACGCCUUCGCAGCGGCCACUUUUCGGCGAAUGGACAGUGCCAGUGAAAUGGAACGCACGCCGCUUGUAGGGUAG